AAAACUUGGCAUUUCAGCAGAAGGUCAAGCUCAGUAGAGAAAGAAACUACCUUCCUCUGCCUGUCCAUAACUUGUUUUACCCACUUGCUUCUCUCUCUUCCUCCUCAAUUCCAUCAAACUAAUAAAAAUUUCCAUGCUUUCGAAUUUUCCAGUUCUUGAUAAUCAGUUAGGGCUUUGAAUCAAUCCAUGAGGCCGAUAAGGCUACCGGAACCACCUAGUCCCACCUUGGGAGUACCUGAGAUCUUCGAAAACGGCGGGUACAGCGUCAUUCGCCGCGCCGUCGUUAUCGGCAACGGAAUUCCCGGUUCAGAGAACCAGAGCCUCGGCUUAAUUCACGCUCUCGGCCUCGCCGAUAAUCACGUGUUAUAUAGAGUGACGAGACCAAGUGGAGGGAUAAAUGAGUGGCUCCGUUGGCUUCCGGUUUCUCUUCACAAAAUCUUGUACCACAUCAUAAUGCGGAUAUAUAGUUAUUCGCGGUUUAUAGUUUCAAGAGGGAAGAAACUUGCGCCUCUGCCUUCGGAAAAUGGUGGCAGUGUGGGCUUGUCUUCAAUCUUAGAAGCUGAUUCGAAGCAGAUUGUGAAUAUGGCUCGCGAAAGUUAUGAGAAGGAUGGCCCUUUAUUGGUAGUUGCAUCUGGCAGAGAUACUAUUUCAAUUGCAAGCUCUAUAAAACGUUUAGCAUCAGAAAAAGUUUUCCUUGUCCAGAUACAACAUCCAAGGUCAGACUUGAGUAGGUUUGACUUGGUGGUCACACCUCGUCACGAUUAUUAUGCUUUGACUCCUCAAGCACAGGAACAAAUUCCUCGGAUUAUUCGGAAGUGGAUAACUCCACAUGAAACUCCUGAUCAGCAUGUGGUUCUUACUGUGGGAGCCUUGCAUCAAAUUGAUUUUGCUGCAUUGCACAGUGCAGCUAGUACAUGGCAUGAUGAGUUCGCACCUUUGCCAAAGCCUUUGCUGGUUGUUAACAUUGGAGGGCCUACAUGUCGCUGUCGUUAUGGAACGGAGCUUGCUCAGCAGUUAUCUGCCUUUUUGACUAACGUGCUUGUGAGCUGUGGGAGUGUCAGGAUAUCUUUCUCAAAUAGGACGCCUAAGAAGGUUUCAAACAUAAUAAUCAAAGAACUUGCAAACAAUCCAAAAGUUUACAUCUGGGAUGGUGAAGAGCCAAAUCCAUAUAUGGGACAUUUAGCUUGGGCAGAUGCAUUUGUUGUCACGGCAGAUUCAGUCAGUAUGAUAAGCGAGGCUUGCAGUACUGGGAAACCUGUUUACGUGAUGGGAUCUGAGCGUUGCACAUGGAAGUUGGCUGACUUCCAUAAAUCUUUGAGAGAGAGAGGAGUGGUUCGACCAUUUACAGGAUCUGAGGAUAUUUCAGAAAGCUGGAGCUACCCACCUCUAAACGACACCGCUGAAGUUGCUCGUCGAGUCCAUGACGUGCUUGCGGAAAGAGGAUUGAGAGUGCGGCCAUAAACCUUGUUUGUAGUUGUUAACUAAUUCUUGAAACAUAUUUCGGUUUGGAAAGGGAAGUCAGGAAAUUAGGUUUGUUUGAUAGCACGUAUAGGAAUCCAACUGCAAAGCAUUGAUAGAUGUUAAAAUUAAUUAUUUUUUCCCCCAUGGGGGUUUUGAGAUAUGAUACAUGUAAAAAAUAAAGGUGAACUCAACUACUGCGGCUUGUAAUAUAGGUAGAGUGCAAGGCGUCCUUUUCUUCUUUUGUGCAGCACAAUUGAUUUCAAUUUGGCACUCGUUUCAUGUUGUGAGAAUACAUUCUCAGCUGUAUUGAGCAAAUUUUUGUUUUUCUGUGA